UCUGAAUGCCGACUUGAUGAACAUUGCUGAAAGCGCUACACAACCUGGAUUUCAAUGCCGUAAGACUUCACCAGGGAGAGAAAUACAAAAAAACUUUCCGAUACGUAAAACACAAGAGGCGCCUAAUUUUCACGGAGUCGAACUGAAAGUUGGCUUCCUCAAUUGCUCGGCAGUUAACACGGAGAUAUCGAUCAUAAACCGGAACAUCCUACGCGAGCUGGGAGCGUAUUACAACUUCACGUACUCGGCGAUUCCCUUCUGUAACGGCGGCUUCAGUAAGGUCGUAGCUGAGGUUGAAGCCGGCCGCAUGGACAUGGCGUGCGACGUCGUCACGCAUCCGGAGCGAGCGAAGCAGCUGAGAUUUCUGCAGCCGAUCUUACACAGCUACUACGUUCUGCUCAUCAAAUUUCCGGAGAAGAAAACGCAGACGAAACUGACCAUCUUCGUGCCCUUCACGACCUUGACGUGGGUUCUCAUUGUCGCGUGCAGCCUUGUCAUUACUGUUCUGCUGCCCGUGCUGAAAUACCUGAGCCUGUCCCCCGACAGCCCACGAUACAUCUGGCAUGGACUUAGCUCUGCUGCCGUCUACGUUUUCGGCACGCUUUCUAACCAAGGCGGAACCUGGGUUAGCGGCAGAAUCGCCGAUCGCACACUGCAGUUCUCUUGGUGGAUGUUUGUGAUAGUGAUUCUCAGCACGUACACGGGUAGUCUCGUGAGUUUCCUCUCCGUGGACACAGAGGUGGCCUACCCGUUCACGUCCCUGCACGAAGCUGCCAACUAUCCGAUCACGCCUAUCAUCGUACCCGGGUUCAUAGCCGAAGCCCUACUGAAGGAAAGCCCACCGGAGUCAGACCUAGGGAAGAUGUGGAAGAAGGCACUUGCCGACCCCGACGCGGUGGUCCACAGUGCAGAUGAGGCUAUAGACCGACUCCUCACUGGAAAAUACACGCUAUUUGUCGAAAGUGAUUGGUAUGGAACAUUGCACGCACAGAGGGACUACAGGCGCUCGGGGGAAUGUAGACUAGCGAUGGUGCCGAUCACUGUACUACCGACUAGUACUACGUGCGUGCUUGCGUACGGUGACCCGUACUACGAGCGGCUGAACGACGGAAUCACCAUACUACAUCAGAGUGGCAUCCUGCAGAAAUGGACGGAUGACAUGCUUAAGGUGCCUGGGUGUUUGCUCGAGCAGACAUCUGUGUCAGCGAACGUGAUACUGCUGCCGUACCUACAGAACCUGUUUACCUUCCUACUGCUCGGUGUGCUUGUCGGCGGAUGCUGCUUGUGCAUAGAACUCUUAAUCAGCUUCAUGAAAUACCUCGAGGAUAAAAAGCAAAGUAGGACCAUGGAUUGCGAGAGAGUACGCGUGACCGACGAUGAGCAGUAGGAGUGUCUUAUUUAGAUAGCAACGUUUAAUUAGCCAAAUACAUGCCUAAGAAUUCUAAAUGUAUCCGUAGAAGCUAUACCGUUAUCGCAUACCUAUGUAUGAUAAUACCUACGUGUUUUAAGGAAAAUGAUUUAAUUUCUGUUUUCCUAUAUGUAUGAUAUGUUGGCACGGUUUCGCCACUUUUUAAUAAUUGUUGUUAGUAAUUUCAUUGUUUUCACAAUAUGAUACUAUAUAAUGCUGGCUUUCGGAAAUGCUUAUUAAAGGUCUCUUGCCAUUAUAAUGAAUGUAAAUGUUGAUUGAUUGAAUUACUGCUAAUAACAAUUGUUAUAACUGAUUACAUGCGUAAUGUAUUAAAAACAACUUAAUCAAAAUAUUAAUAACUAGAAAAAGGACGGGUUCUUACAUAUAUUAUGUGCUAUUUUUAUCGAAGCCAAAUAUGGUUACCCCGCGUCGUUCGUGGGUCCAUUAGUUCCCACGAGUAUUCCAAAUAUUUACUCGUGAAAUUAGAACUGCCAGCUGUGUUUGCGCCGUACGAUCCUCACCUAUUCGCACGCUCAUACUCGCCUGCUCAAUGGUAAAACCCGACUUGCAGUAGAUUAUGCGUGUUAAUAUACCUGGUUCCCAUAGCAACCGCUGCAUAAUCGUGAAUACGAAAUCUUACAGGGAACACCCGUUUCUAUACGUAAUUCAUGCGCAUGCGUACGACGCUCCCAGCCUGUCCAGAAUAAAGCGCAAAACACUUGGAAACGUUUCAACAAUAAAAUGAUGGUAAAUAAACACGAAAUGUAUUUACUACCAAAUUAAACUGUCUCAAUGUUUAUGUAUCUUCUAUAGACGUAAUAAUUCCACGUAAAUAAUGUGCACAAACUCACAGCAAAAGACAUAAUUAUGUGAGUUUAUGCACAUUGGUGUGCGUGCGGUGAAAUUGUGUUGCAGAGGAGCAUCUGAACUGCAUUUACGGGACACUGUUACUAAUAAUAGGCGAAAGAGAAUAGUUAAAUAUUAAGACUUUAACUUUGGUAGUAAACACAUUUCGUGUUUAUUUACCAUCAAUUUAUUAUUUAAACCUUGCAAGUGUCUGUGGAAUAAAACAGCAUGUUCUUUCUACAUAGGCCUAUCCCACACGCACAAACUUAUACAACACUGCCAUGACAAGUAUUGCUAAUGGAACCCCGGAAGCACCUGGGGUGAAUGGGUAUUAUAGCUAUGCGCAUCUGACAGUUAUGAAUUACACAAUUCACUCCGAGUUCAGUGUGACAGAGUUGACGCACGUGCAUUGAUGUACAAGACUGAUGAAAGCA